CUUUCGCCGCCACUGUCUGCUUUCCGGUAAUGGGCAUGGCACUGCGGUGCGUUAGUCAUGGAGACAAGCUCGACGCUCCUCUAGAUAUCGACGCGAACCCGCAUUCUCUGGGCGGUCUCGGCGCUGCAAGUCGCCAUUCGAAUAUGCCGGGGUGAUGAUUAGGGCCCUAUAUCAUCGGGUAUGCCCAGACUGUCUUCACUACCAGACUAUUAUCCAGAACUUGGCCCAUCCAUACCAUCACGGACUCCACAGAACCCAACCGGUCCCCACUCAAACCUACAUAGGUUCACGGAGAGAAAACAAACCACCCCCAGCAUUCGCAAUGUCUACCUUCAACAGCUCUUUUCGUAUCCUACUCCUACUCCUCGCACUAUGCGCGAUCACGGCAUACUGUGCGCCUUUAGCACAGCAGCCGGGUGAAGAUUUCGUCGCUAUAGUAACGGUAGCAACGGUCACCGUACAGCCGACCGGAGCAUCCCGAAGUACCGGGGCACCCGAGCCGACCAGUACUGGACUUAGGAGAUAUGUGCCGAACCCCAACAGACGCGGUACUGUGGGAAUCCUGAUGAGCUGCAUUCUAACGUUAAUCUUAUGUGUCUGGACCACUGUCAACGUCAAUAUCGAGCCAGCUGUCAAGCUCAGCGCGGAGCCUGGAUGGAUCGAGUGGAUCGAUCACCAUCUGGCCAGACGAGCAGUUAGGAAGGUUGGAUGGAGUCUCACUAGUCUUAUCGUACCGGAAGCCACGCUGUCGGUGGCCGCUUUCGAAAGAUGUACCGCGAAGCUACUUCAAAUAAAGAUGAAGAAAAUUAUCGGCAAAUCAGGAUCUCAGCAGGUUGUGAUCCCACAGAGGACCGACGACCCCUCCCACCAACAGAAGGCUCCUCCGAUGGUGACUGACGGAGUCGUACCGCCAGACGAGGGAAAAAACCCGAAGAAACUAACCCUCGAGCAAUGGGAAGACUUAGCAAUGUCGUAUUACGCCAUUAUGGGAGGAUUCAGGAUUAUCUACGACCACGAUGGAGAUAAUCUCAACAGGGAAGGGGUGGCACCUGCGCAAGAGGGCCCACAGGAGGAUCCAAGAACCGAGCCCAGCGGGUAUCCGCAGUACCAAGUCCAACCGGAGGCAUCGCGACCGAACAACAAGGUAGUCAGCACCCCGGUGACAGGCACCCCAGUGAUAGGCUCAGGCGCGGUGUGUGAUUACGAUACAUCCCCUCAAGGCUGUAAAUGCCAGAUCGGAUUCCUGUCGAAUAUGACGCAUGGCAAUACGAAGAAAUGCCCAUGGUAUGUUAUGAAUGCAAACACUCGCCAGUCGGCCGGCACACUCACCCCUCACGGUGUCAUCUGGAUGGCGGAGCAGGGAUGGCUCCCCAAUGUGUCCGCAAAUUUUGUGAGGGACAAGUCCAAGGCCAACGCUCUGGCAAAGGUCCUGGUGUGUUUCCAGGCUUUCUGGAUGAUAAUUCAGGCGAUCGGACGAGUGGCCGCGAACCAAUCCGUCACCUUACUCGAGCUCCACACCGUCUUGCACGCUGUAUGUGCCGGAACGAUGUACCUCACGUGGUGGGACAAGCCUGUGGACAUCGAGUUCCCGACUGAAUUCUUCCUUACCAAGCAUCAGUUCGAAGAGCUACAGAAAAUCAGCCUGGACAAAGAGGGAACGCCAAAUCCCACCAAUCCUUUCUCGAAGGGAAAAAUCCACUCUGGAGAUGGCGGGGCUAGCGGAGAUUGGGACAGCAAGUACGUGACCUCGCGCGCGGGCCUCGGAGUUCUCCCAUACCAGCAGCUGUCGGGCGAAAACAACAUCUUGAGGAGUGUGGGCGAACUCGGUAACUCAUUCCAUCGCAUCAUCAGGGGUAGGGCGAAUCUUGUGUGGGAGGGCACGUGCCUAUGUACCGUGGGACUCAUAUACGGCGGCGUUCACCUCGCGACUUGGGAAAACUUUUUCGAGACCGAGGCCGAGCGGUACUUGUGGAAGGGAAGCGCCGUGGUUAGUGCUGCAGCGGUUGUGGGCUUCGUGUUGGAGCUGUGCAUCGGCGCCUUGAUAAAAUCGAUCAUCGAUGCUAAGGUCGACGCAAAAAAAAGCAAAAAAAGCAAAAAAAGCAACACCAGAACAACAAGCAGCAUUGGUAACUCCACAGCCAACCGUCGGCGGCGAGAAAGCUACCAAGGAUUCCCCCGAUUUCGAAAAACACUCCAUCAAGGACUCCAUCAAGGAUGUCAAACGCAACCCAACCGCGCCGUCCGGACAAGAGACUACCCCUAUUAAGCGGCGCAAGAGGCCGGAAGAACUUGAUCGUAAACGCGACAUACUGCUCUGGAGUGUCUACAAAGGCUUUGUCGCAGUCACGUUUUACAUUGGGAUCAUCAUUGUCAUCUUCGCCAGACUCUUCCUCUUGGUCGAGUCGUUC